CUUGGUGGGUUCGAGUGGCUCAGGAAAAUCCACGGUGAUAUCUUUGCUGCAGAGAUUAUAUGACCCACUUGAGGGAGAGGUUGCUCUGGAUGGAGUUGCCAUUGAUGAGCUGCGGCUCAAGUGGCUUAGGUCACAAAUGGCAUCAGUGAGCCAAGAGCCUUCUCUUUUCUCAACCAGCAUUAAGGAGAACAUACUUUUUGGGAAGGAUGAGGAGGAGGAGGAUGGUGGAAUGGAGGAAGUGAUUGAGGCUGCCAAAGCUAGCAAUGCUCAUGAUUUCAUACGUCAAUUGCCUCAAGGAUACGAUACUCAGGUUGGUGAGAGAGGCAUGCAACUCUCAGGCGGACAGAAGCAGAGAAUAGCCAUUGCAAGGGCAGUAAUAAAGAAACCCAAAAUCCUCCUUCUCGACGAAGCCACCAGCGCAUUGGACUCGGAAUCUGAAAGGCUCGUCCAAGAGGCACUCCACAAGGCAACCGUGGGCAGAACAACCAUAGUCAUCGCACACUGCUUGUCCACGAUACAAAACGCUGACAUUAUUGCCGUCAUGCAAACCGGUAACGUCAUAGAAAUUGGCGCACACGAAGAGCUGAUUCAACGCCAAAACAGCCUCUACUCCUCAUUUGUCUGUCUCCAACAAGCGAUAAAAGAUCCAGAAGAAUGCACCGCACAUAUGUCCUUUCACUGCAACAAUACUAGUAGUACUAGUACUAGUCUUUCAUUAUUGGCUGAUCGACCGAACUCAAGUCCCAGGGUAGCUAGAUUUGAUAGUACUAGUACUGCCCCACAAAAUCCAAACAGUAUAAAAUCCAAACACACUUCGACGUUUUGGAGAUUACUGCCGAUGAGUCGUCCGGAGUGGAAGCAAGCGGUUUUGGGGUGUUUGAGUGCGGUUCUGUUCGGAGCAAUUCAACCGGUGUUUGGAUUCAUCCAGGGGGCCAUGUUGUCUGUGUUUUUUUGUGACGGGUUAUGA